AUGGUAUCGGCAGGACUGGAGAUCAUGGGGCUGUCGCUGUGCGUCAUCGGCUCGCUCCUGGUGAUGGUUGCGUGCGGACUGCCGACGUGGAAGGUGACGGCUUUCAUCGAGGCCAACAUCGUGGUGGCCCAGACCAUUUGGGACGGUUUGUGGAUGACGUGCGUGGUCCAGAGUACCGGUCAGAUGCAGUGUAAGGUGCACGACUCGGUCCUCGCACUCACCCACGACCUGCAGGCGGCCAGAGCGCUCACCAUAAUCUCGUCGGUGAUGGGUGUCCUGGGGCUCAUGGUGGUCAUCGCCGGGGCGCAGUGUACUAACUGCAUCCGCGCCGAGUACGUCAAAGCUCGGGUGGUGAACGCCGGAGGAGUCAUCUGCAUCAUCAGUGGCCUCUUUGUGUUGGUGCCGCUCUGCUGGAUGGCCAACACCAUCAUUUCAGAUUUCUACAACCCUCAGGUGCCCUCAUCCAAGAAGAGGGAGAUAGGCCCCGCGCUCUACAUUGGCUGGGCCGCCGCGGUGCUGCUGCUAAUCGGUGGGUCGCUGCUGUGCUGCUCCUGUCCCUCCAGUGGGAACUCGGGAUACUCGGUAAAAUAUGCACCGACCCAGAGGGCCACUCAGAACGGGGACUAUGACAAGAGGAAUUACGUGUAG